AUGCACUCGGGCGGCGGAGCAGCGGCCGCCGGGAGCUGCACGCAGCAGGAAGACCAGCGGGCCGCGGAGCGGGAGCGGCUGGUGAGUGCGCUGGACGAGUCGCAGCGGGCGGCUGUCUGCGAGGACCCCGCGGCGCCGCUGUUGAUCCUCGCCGGCGCCGGCAGCGGCAAGACGCUGACGAUGGCGAGCCGCAUCGCGUACAUCCUCCUCGCCGGGGUGGCGCCGGAGCACAUUUUAGGCCUCUGCUUCUCGCGGCAAGCCGCGGAGGCGCUGCGGGAGCGCGUGGCCGCCGUGCUGCCGCCCGCCCUGGCGUCGCACGUGCGGCGGCUGAAGCUGAAGACCUUCCACGCCUUUGGGCUCGAGUGUCUGCGGCGGCACGGCCGCAUCGACCUGGCGACGGAGGUGUACGACGCCCGACGCCAGCGCGAGCUCGCCGCGGCGGUGGUGGAGACGCACGCCGCCCACCACAAGGGUCUCGAGGCCGUCCUCGCGCUCGUCGAGUACGUGAACAAGGCCAAGACGAAGAAGGAGAUGCGCGCGGGGACGGAGCUCGACCCCACGCGGCAGGCGGCGUAUCUCUUUCGCUUCUACCAGACAAUGCUGCACGAGCAGCACCACGCCGUUGACUUUGGCGACCUGGAGCAGAUGUUCCUUGCCGCGCUGCGCCCGCUGAAUCAGCAGCAGCAGCAGCAGCAGCCCCCGUCCGAGGCGGAGGAGGCGGGGCGGGGUGGCGACAGCAACAGCAACAGCAACAGCGUGGCGAGUGUCGCUCCGCCGCCGCGGCCGCCGUCGCCGGUGGCGCUGCAGCUGCGGGCGCAAUACACGCACGUCGUCGUGGACGAGUUUCAGGACCUGAACGAGGUGCAGCUGGAGUGUCUCGCCCUGCUCGCCGGGGACGCCUGUCGGGUGACGUGCGUGGGGGACCCAAACCAGUGCAUCUACACCUGGCGCGGGGCAACGACGAACACCUUUGAGCGCUGGCGCAGCCGCUUUCCCCACACCAAGCUUGUCAGGCUAGACACGAACUACCGCAGCUCCGCCGAGAUCGUGAGCGCCGUCAACGAGCUCACGCAGAUAUCGCAGCAGAGCUUUAGGGGGCAUUGCGGGCGCCGCAUCGUGCUGGUGCGGUGUCCGCACGCCUGCGAGCAGAUGCCGCUGCUGCCGCGCGUCGUGGAGGAGCUGCUGCGCACGCGGGACCGUGGCCUGCAGUACGGCGACAUCGCCGUUCUUUGCCGCACGCGACGCACUGUACGGGACGCGGUGGCGGCGCUGGAGCAGGAUCACAUCCCCGUCUGCGAGCCGCGCCUGAGCAGGCCCAACUCCAUCGCCCUGGUCCGCGCCCUGCUCUCGUACCUGCGCCUCUGCGUGCACCCACACUCGAACCUUGACGUGGAGUGCGUGAUACGCGAUGCGCCGAACCACUUCGCCGCGCCGGCUGCGACAAAAUUUGUCUUCGCCCUGCAGGCCGAGUGCAUGCAGCGAAGGCGCGAACUGGGCGCGGCGACGCUGCAGCGCGAGGACAGUCACGCGGCGUACUCCUACUACACCAUCCUUCGCGAGUUGGUGCACAACGGCUUUGCCCAUGUGCAUGAACGCCUGCGGACGACGAAGCCGCAGCAAAAGUUUCUCCGCAACUUUAUCGAAGUCACCACGGCCGCCCACGACUCCCUGGGACGAGUGUACUGCGACAUUGAGGAGGUCGUGCGGGGCGUGGCGGAGCGGGCGGGCUUUGACGAGGGCGGCGCCGCCGGCGUCCACAUCCGGCGGCGCGCAGGCGGUGACGGCGGCAGGAAGCGUGCACGCCCGCCCCCGCGCUGGCGGCGCUCCGCCGCGGUGUGGGACGACGUCAUGGGCGACGCCGACGACGAAGCGGCAGCAAUGGCGGCGGAAGGGGGCGCAAUGUCGAUUUCGCAAGUCCUCGUCGAGGCGUGUCGCACGGUGCAGCAGCAGGCGUUGGCGGAGCAGGGGGUGGGCACGGCGGCCGCGGCCGCCGGCGUCAAGGCGGAGGCGCAGGUGAGGAAUGACACCUACACCCUGCUGCAGCGCGCGAUUGACGAGUUUCUGGCGCUGCUGCCGACAGACGAUUUUGGGCCGCUGAAGGGCGGCGUGAAGGCGGAGCUGACGCCUGGCGCCGCCGCCGUCACGGUGACGACGGUGCACCAGGCGAAGGGGAAGGAGUGGCUCGCCGUCAUUGUGCCAUGCUGCUACGAGGGCGAGUUCCCCAUUGACGCGCGGAGCGCCGAGGAGCGGCGGGUGUUUUACGUGGCCAUGAGCCGAGCAAAGCGGGAUCUCGUGCUCAUGACGGCAGAGCGUGGGCCGCCCGCCUCACGUGCCUACGACGGCGGGGAUGCCGCUUCCAACGGCGAGGACCAGCCGCUGCAGCUCACGCCCUACCUGCGCCCACUGCUGCCACUCAUGGAGACACUGCCCAUGACGUGCCGGGAGCCGACGAAACGGGAACCGUAG